CUUGAGACACAUCUCAAUUAGCUAAUGUCAAGCUGAUGGUAUUGACUCCAGCCUACAUUCACACACAACACUUGCCUCUCAUUCUAUCCAUUAGAAACCAACCAUGGGCUCCGUCGGCCCAACCAGUGCUCCCAGUAAGGUUGUCAAGGAAGGGAGAAAGCUCGCGUGCCGGCUCUGCCAAAAACGGAAGAAGAAAUGCAAUCGAAAGAGUCCAUGUUCUAUGUGCAUCAAGCUCAAGGUUGUCUGCCAGCCAAGCACGCCAGCGCCUACUCGCAAACGCAGGCAGUCAACAAAGGACCUGUUUGCACGGCUGGCAUGGUGUGAAGAGCAGCUGCGGCGCACUAUUGACGACCGCAAUCAGUGCGAUGAAUGCCUUCCAUCAACAGAGACAUCCACAGACGGAGUAGCAGAGAGGCUUUCAGAAAUCAAAUCAGCUUCAAGAGCAGCCUCUGCCACAGUCACGGCCAAACCAUAACCCUAGAUCACGUCCGGUUCAGCAGAGCUGAUACUUGGACACAUAUACCCUUUAAUAUUAAUACCAAAUCAACCUUCUCUUCGGACAGAAUAUUGCUAGUAUACAAUCCUCAGUCUAUGUUGCGUUGAAUGGGGCAAAAUACCAUCAUC